CCUUUCUUCCCAUUUUGUGGGAUCUGUUCUAGUUUCUAUGUUUCUGCACUUCUCAUUUCGUUUUUUCAGUACAAUUAGUUUGCCUUUUUUGGGAUUUUUUUUUUGUUUUUUUUUCAAUAUCAAAAUAGAUCAUUUUGUUAGAGCUUCAACUACAAUUUCAGAGUACUCUUUAUAAUUGUGUUUUUGCUUUUUGCUUAUGCUUUUUUAUUUUCCUUCAUAUGUAUUGAAGUUGAAGUUUAAUUGAGUUAAAGAUUCAUGGGUUUUAUGUUUACUAGUUGUUUUUGCUGUUUGUUCUUAAAUUUAGAGUACCAAUAUCAAAAAGGACAAAUCUUGAUAUUGCUUUGAUUGCUGUUGUGUAUGUAUGUGUUUUUAUAGUGAGAGAAGAAAAAAAAGCACAAUCUUUGAAUGGACUGGAAUUUCAAACUUAGCUCUGGUUAUUUAUCUGGAUUCGAUCAAGAACCAGAUUUAUCACCAAUGGAUGGUUCGAUCUCGUUUGGUGGGUCGUCACAGUCAAAAGCGGAUUUUUCAUUUGAUCUAAAACUUGGAAGAAACAUUGGAAACUCUUCCUCUGUUUUUGGUGAUACAGAGCAAGUGAUUAGUCUUAGUAAGUGGAAAGAUAGUGCUUUAGCUAAACCAGAAGGUUCAAGAAGCUCGAGUUCAAAGAGAACAAGAGGGAAUGGUGUUGGAACCAACCAGAUGCCGAUUUGUCUUGUUGAUGGAUGUGAUUCUGAUUUUAGUAAUUGUAGAGAGUAUCAUAAGAGACAUAAAGUUUGUGAUGUUCAUUCAAAAACUCCUGUGGUUACUAUUAAUGGUCAUAAACAGAGGUUUUGUCAACAAUGCAGCAGGUUUCAUGCUUUGGAGGAGUUUGAUGAAGGGAAGAGAAGUUGUAGGAAACGUCUUGAUGGACAUAAUCGAAGACGACGGAAGCCGCAGCCUGAACAUAUCGGUCGUCCUGCCAACUUCUUUACGGGUUUUCAAGGUAGCAAAUUGCUAGAGUUUUCUGGUGGUUCACAUGUGUUUCCAACUACAUCUGUGUUGAACCCGAGCUGGGGAAAUAGUCUUGUAAGCGUUGCUGUAGCCGCCAAUGGUUCGAGUUAUGGGCAGAGCCAGAGCUAUGUUGUUGGUUCUUCUCCUGCAAAGACAGGGAUAAUGUUUCCAAUCUCUUCUUCUCCAAACAGUACCAGAAGCAUAGCAAAACAAUUCCCUUUCUUGCAAGAAGAAGAAAGCUCGAGAACCGCAUCGUUGUGUGAGAGAAUGACGAGUUGCAUCCAUGACUCUGAUUGUGCUCUCUCUCUUCUGUCAUCCUCCUCGUCGUCAGUCCCUCAUUUGCUUCAACCACCACUUUCUUUGUCCCAAGAAGCAGUUGAGACAGUUUUUUACGGGUCGGGAUUGUUUGAGAAUGCGAGUGCAGUCUCUGAUGGAUCGGUUAUAUCCGGUAACGAGGCUGUCCGUCUUCCGCAGACAUUCCCGUUUCAUUGGGAGUAGUAGAAGAAGAAGUAGGUAGAUAGAUAGAAUCAGAAAGAUCUAUUUGUGUCUCUUCUCUUCUCCCUCAUUUUUCAAUGUUCUUUAUCAUCAUCAUUGUUCUUGUUAACACUACAAGAAAUAUGGACAUUCUUAACACACCGAAAACGCUAUAAUAACGUUUACAUAGCGGAUUCAUAAACGCUGUGUUUGCCGGAGCUAUCUUAGAGUGGUCACAUACAAUAGCGUUUCUUGCUAUGCUAUUAAAUGUUCACAUAUUAUGGCGUAAAAGAAAUGCUUUGAUUUCCUUUGUUAUUGCACAAUUUUGAUGUUAUACUUUUGUAACUCUUUUUAAG